UUCAUUAUGAAAGUAUGGAUUUCCCUGUAUUGUCCAGUAAUGGUGAACUAUUUCCAGCGAUAACACGAAAUUUAACUUAGAAAAAGAAACAUUCGCAGCAAAUAGGUUAUUCAAGGAAUAAAUGCAGUGACGGAUCCAGGAAUUUCUAAAGGGGAGGACGCCGUACAUUGCUGGGUGUCUGGGGGCUAUCUUGAGGCCCCUAGUGGACGGAGGGCGAAGUCCUGGUAGAGGCAAACCCCCUGAAACUACUGAAUUAUGAAAAAUGUAUAGGAAGUACAUGUUAAGUGCAUAAACACUUACUUUUCCGUGAUGGAGAGUGAUGGUUAUUGUUAUGUAAAUCAAAGUUUUGUAGAGGAUACCUAUGAAGCUGUGAGUGACUUAGACUGUGAAUACGAAAACACCACCGAUAGAAAUUCUUUCAGGGAGAGUCCUACGUUAGAUGAAGACACGAUUGACCUUUAUUCGAAUUCCUGUAAGGAGGAAAAGUCAUCCCAAUCUGACACGUCUGAAUAUAGUGAUCUUUGUUACAGCUGUCCCGAUAUUUCAUUUGAGAGGACUAUUAGAGAAAAACGCCGUUGUUCCUCGUGUAUCGAUGUUACUAAACAUUACACGUUAACGAAUACGCCAAGGAAACAAACACGGCAUGUCACGUCAUCAUUAUGCAACGUUCAUUCCUACAUUGACGUUGAGGAUAUCUUUGGCAGAUUAAGUGUAAGUCCUUCUAAUCGUAUAAAACGCAGAGAGAGGUCACAUGACACAUCAGAGAAUCUCCAACUCUAUUGUUCUGGAAUGACAGUAAUGGACGAGGAUAAGGUUGUUGUGGUUACCAAAUCAGGUGAAAUCCUAGUGUUUGGAGAUUCUCGCUGCAUCACAUAUUUAGCAAAAUUUACGGAAAUAUUUGAGGAUGUUACUACGUUGUCAAAAAACGAAAUUGCAGCAUCAUGUGGAUACUGCAUUAAAUUUUUCGAGAUUGAAGAAAAGAAAAUUGUAGAAAUAGAAGAGAAAUGCAUAGACUACCAAUAUUCCGGGGAAACUACAGUGCACGCCCUACAUUUUGUUCCUAAAAAGUUCAUCAUCUCCUGCAAUUUACAAUCGUGUUUACAGCAAAACCCUUUCAUUCGAAUUGUGAAUCUGAAAGGACAGAUACUAAAGAGCUUGGAAGUAGCCACACUUGUAUCUCCUGGACACCUGUGUAGCACAGGAGACGGGAAGUUGAUAUUUCUGACUGAUCAAGUCCAGAAAAAAGUAGUAGCUCUUGAUAAUGGUGGCUUAGUCAAAUGGGAAAUUGCAACUGACCGCGUACCACAGUACGUGACAUUCAAUGGAAGGGAAACCAUUGUCGUCUCCUUUGAAAGAGAAUCAGAAUUGAGGCGUGUAACGAUGGAUGGUAAAACGUUGUCUUCCCUGGAAACAAUGCUCGGACCAAUAUCUGCGCCAUUCCUGCUCUGCUUUUCAGAAAUGAGCAAGACUUUAUUCUUUUGUUCCGAAUUACAUAAUCAUUUUGACAGAGAUUUCGUACAUUCAAUGAAAACCAAGAAAUCAAAGAUGCAAAAACUUGCUAAUUUGUUUCAAAAGUAAUAGCAUUGAUUGCAUGUCUUUUUGAGUUACGACCUUUGCCUAGCAUCGUGCGUAAACUUUAGAACAUUUCCAGCCCUUCUGAGAUACUACCGGACCAAUAGCUACCGAAUUUGGUUGCUGUGUAUAUUAUUUAUGGAGCAAGUUUAAAUCAAAUUGUGACACACGUGAUGUCCAUUUCCAGGUGUUGUGAGGCGGGGUGAUUACCUGAUAAAAUCACAAGAAAUAUUCUACUUUAUCAUCAGACAACUAACAGACAGACAACCUGUAUGAAUAGCCUUAAUUGAUUGUUUAUAUGCUUUACGACCGGGCGAAAAAAUUUCAAUCCUAUUGAGACGUCACCAGAUGUAGGUUGGAGUACCACAUAUUUAGAACUACAGAAGUAUGCUUAGUGUUCAGGUCGUAGCAGCACUAUACCACUAUAACAAGUUUGGUAACUGUCAUGCAAAGGGUUGUUUUUUUUAAUUAUUGAGCGAACAGAGAAGUUUGACAUUGUUACUUCAAAAUCAAUGACCUUUGACAUUGUGAUCUCCAAAUCAAAAGGAGUUAUCUACUCCUUAUUUAGAACCAGUUUGACCCUUGACCUCAAACUCAAUAGGUGUCAUCUACUUCGUCAGUGUACCAAUUUUAUGUUUGUCAAGCAAAUGGAUCUCAGAGACAUUGAGCGGACAAUAUUUGUGUAAAGAUGACUCUUGACCUUUUGAUCUCUAAGUAAAGCGUUCUCAAGAUGUUGGACGGACAAUAUCUGACUCUUGACAUGUACAAAGUUUGGUAACUCAAACUCUUUUUUAUCAAAUUUUAAACUUUAUUUGUUUUGUACACAUAAUAAAGCAUAUUAAUACACUCAAACCUUAUAUAUGUAUCAUGGAGAGAGAGAGAGAGAGAGAGAGAGAGAGAGAGAGAGAGAGAGAGAGAGAGAGAGAGAGAGAGAGAUGUGUGCAUGAAUUAAAAGUAAAUAGCAAGUUCCAUUGAGUAUCAAGUGUAUAUUCUGUAGUCAUUUGUCACUCCUGUAUAUUUUGUGGAUUAUUUUCCAAUCCCUAUCGUCUACACCCAAAAGCCCCAUCUUGCUUUGCCAGCUGAGACUGAAUUAUUUUGAUGCAAAAUUUCGUAGAAUUUUUGCAUUUUGUAUGCAAAAAUUCUUUUUAUGCAAAAAAUAUUAUUUUUUCAAAUAUUUCCAACAUUUGAAACAUAUUUCAAAUGUUUGAAAUAUUUCCAACAUUUCAAAAUUGUGUAAAUAUUUUUUUUCAUAAUUAACGGACUUGUAAGCUAUAUAUAAUGUGUUUUCCGGGAUCGGGAUUUUUUUUUUAUCCACGCUCGUAUUACAUAGAUAAUGCUGCUGUACUCUAAAAACAUCUAAAUAUUUGAUUUGUAACAUUUCAAAAUUGUGUAAGUAUUUGUCAUAAUUAAUGGACUUGUGAGCUUCAUGAUGUUUUUUCCAGGGUCUGAGUUUUUUAUCCAUGCUCUUACUGCAUGGAUAAUGCUGUUGUAUUCUAAAAAAAAUUAUCCUAAUGCUUGUAUAAAUAUCACAAAAACGUUUAAAACUAAAAAGUGAACCAUCUUCAUUAAUAAUAUCAUUAAUCAGUCUGAUGUUGCUGUCAAACAUUUGUUUAUUAAAAAAUGGUUUUCCACCAAUAUGAAUCUGUGGAUCAUAAAGGAGAGGUGAAUCAGCAACAAUAGUAGACUCAUCAAUAAGACUAUGUAAUGUAAUGUACAUGUAGGACUUGAAUACAUCCAUCCAAAUUCUAUUUUUCAGUGUUUUCAAGAAAGUGAAGUAUUCAACCCCACAGUUGAUUUUGUUCAAAUGAAAAUUGGGAAUAAACCGUCUCAUACCCCUGCUUGAGAAAUAAUAUAUACAAAACAAAAAACAUGCAGCCACAAGAAGCAAACAGCAUGUUUGCAACCUUUGUUUUGUAUAUAUUAUUCGAUGAUUUUUGGAUAUUUUAUUUUGUCAAGUUUUAAUUUUACUUGUAUAACAGGGGAGAUCACUUUAUCAUAUUCAGGGAUUUUUAUAGAAGCAACUUGUGCUGUCAGUAUUGUCUAGAUCUCCCCUUAGCUGUUUUUGUUAUCAUUAUAUAGAAUGAUAAUAUUUGUCAAUUCUCAUCUAAUAAAUGACAAUAUUUCACACUA